CUUUGACACCUCUAUCGCCAUCGCUCCGCUUCAAACGCGUCACUUUGUCUCUCAUCUCCAUGUCGCAGACAAACUCAACACAACGGCGUUUGUUCUGUCCAAGUCUGUCUAUACGCUGGCCUGAGGGUUGAAUGACCUUCGCUCUGUCUCAUUCUUCCACCUUCCACACUAUAAAUACCUUUCCUGCCCCCGUCUUCACCGCGACAGAUCACUAUACGACAAUUUGAAGCAUGGGCUACUCAAACUACCCCAUGUUCGAGGAUCCUGUUCAACGGUGGAACGCUCCGGACUCAAAUACGCUCUAUACAUCGGUUUUGCUUGCGACUGUUGCCGGCGCAUACGUUUUCUUCAAAGCCUUGGAGCUCCUCGGCUAUCCUGUGUGGCUGUGGGCUCAUCAGCUUGUUCACAUGUCUGCGGGUGUACUGCGUCUUCGCGGUACGUCGCUCAGCCAGUCCUCUGCCACGGAUCCCAACGACGAUACUAUGCAGCGUGGGGGCGGCAUCUUGAGCAGCAUAUUUGGCCUGAACAGCGGAAGUCUGCUACAAAAAGGUGUUAGGAGCAUCACGGGCGCACUGUCUACAGGCCCAAGCGAUGUGCCACCAGGAUUGGGCAACUGGGACAACUCGUGCUACCAGAACAGUAUUGUCCAAGGACUCGCCUCACUCCCUUCUUUGCGCGAUUACCUCUCCAAGACUACCGCGGAACAUGCGUCGCUCACCGAGGAAACAACAAACGGUGCGCUAUACGACAUGAUCAGCAAGCUGAACGCUCCCGAGAGCCACGGACAGCAUUUUAUGAUACGCGGCAAGCUUAAGUCUAUGAGCACGUUUCAGCAGCAGGAUGCGCAGGAAUACUAUUCGAAGAUUUUGGAUGCGCUGGAUGAGGAGGUCAAGAAGGUUGCGAGCAGCAAGAGGCGAACCUCUGUCUCCUGGCUGGAGGCUACGAAGAGUCUGAGCUUGCCAGAGGCAGAAAGCGACGAUGAAACAGGAACAACAAAAGAAGCAGACAACGCUCGAACCCCAAUCGAACCACCAAAAAUCAUGCCAAAUCCCCUCGACGGUUUGCUCGCUCAACGCGUUGGCUGCACGACUUGCGGACAUUCGGACGGCCUCUCGCUUAUCCCUUUCAACUGCCUUACUGUGUCGCUAGGGAGAAGCUACGGCUACGACAUCAGCGAGUGCCUCGACGAGUAUACGAGCCUAGAAUACAUCGAUGGCGUUGAAUGCGCAAAAUGUACAUUGCUCAAGCUCAAGGGCACGCUUACCCCAAUCGCCAAUGCGAAGCCUGGAUCGCCCUUCGAAGCAAAGUUAAACGCUGUGCAGGAAGCGUUAGACGAGGACGAUUUCGAGGACAAAACUCUUGUAAAGACAUUCAACGUACCGAAGAAGAACUGGAUACAAUGCACAAAAUCGAAGCAGGCGGUCAUCGCUCGCGCUCCCAAAUCAUUGGUCCUCCAUGUUAACCGUAGCAUCUUCGACGAGACAAACGGUAUGCAGUACAAAAACCAUGCUGCCAUCUCAUACCCCGGAAUCCUGGACCUAGGCAACUGGUGUUUAGGUAGCCAACCGAGCGGUUCACAACACCCUGACAUGUGUCUCGAGGAGUGGCCGAGGGAUCCGACCAAAUCUAUGCUUGCUGAGGGCGACCCUAUGACUACGAGCCCAUUUCAAUACCGUUUACGAGCUUCUGUUACACAUUCUGGUUCGCACGGAAACGGGCACUAUGUUUGCUAUCGACCACAUCCUCAAGCAGCUGGUCGUUCAGACGCAGAUGACGAAGGCGCAGAGCAAGAGAAGGAAGGAUCGAGUGGAGAACAGUGGUGGCGCUUCAGCGAUGAUUCCGUCUAUGCAGUGCCAGAAAGUCAAGCACAUCGGGGUGAUGUUUUCAUGCUGUUCUACGAACAUAUCGACGAACCUAUUCCUUCAGCGAAACAAGAAACGGACCCGAUAGUAACGUCGUCGGCUAUAAGCGAGGAGGCUCCUCUGCCCCCACUUGUACUGCUACAGGGCGACGAAGACACUGGUGCUGCGGAAGUCCCUCUUCCAGAGGACGACGAUCUUGCUGAUCUUGUUCCUCCUGCCUCUAUAUCUCCCUCUGUAACGCAAGAGCAACCUCUGGGUUUCUCGGGUUAUAUGAUACCACCAGCUUCGCUCGACAAUACAGAUACCGAAACUGUGAGUGAAAUGGGCUCAGAAGAUGCGCCUUCCACACACUGUACCUCAGACUCUGAAGCCGACCCACCAACACCAAAAGACACAUUACCGCAAAAAUUCGAGGGGGUUGCACCACCGGUACCACAAGACAUGGCUCCGCUGACGCCCAAGAACACACCGUCCUUCUCACCACAUAUGAUGCGCACAGGUACUGCAAGAGGACAGGGUAGUGGGAUGAGAAUGCCGCUUGUUUCUGCGACGUAGAGUUUUAGUGGAGCGAAGACACGGAGACUUGAUGUUUAGAUGGAGUUUGGUGUUUUGAACAUGAUACCUGGUGCUGGAACAAGUCCAAUAGGCGUUCGUUUCUUGUGAUCUGUCGCAACAGACAAGGAGUGGGAUGGUGCAGAUGGAGGAUAUGAUAGCGCCUAUUAAUUGAAAUCGCAUUGUUCAAGCUUGACAUCGAUCAUCCUAGGUCGAUUGAAAUUCGUGUUCGUAUCCU